AUGCCUCUCUCCAUUUUGGUUCUGUCAAAAAAUUGUGAAUGUGAUUCAGCAGCGCCGUUGCCGCAGCUACCAGAACUUGGUAGCACGGAUGAUUUUCUGGAGUUCUCUGGAUCUUUAUUGCGGAACGUAAUUUCGGGAGACGUUUCCGUUGACGCUGGAUUACAGAGAAUAAGGCCCCACUUGGAAACGUAUUCGGGACUUGUGCCAUUUUUUCUGGAACAAUUGCAGCUUGUUGAGUACAGCCUCGAAGCUGAGUCUGAGGAAGUGGCCAGAUUCAACGACUUCAGUCGUCAGCUCACCCCUUUACCUCACGUGGCUGCGGACGCUCGUGAAAGAUUGGAGCAGGAAGUCCUGCAGACACUGGGUUUGUCGGACAAGAAUCAGUGGGAUACGCGAUAUGUGCGGACCAAGACAAAGUGGUUCUUCAAACUUCAAAAGUUCAACUUAUUACGAGAAGAACCGGAAGGAUUUGCUGAGUUAAUUGACGUGUUGGACCUCGCUGAAGGUGCUGCUACGUCCGCCAUAAUUGAUAAAAUUAUGGAAAUAGCAGGGAAAUAUGAUUUGGAUGUUUAUCGGAUCGUGGAAACCAUGCUGACUGCUUGCUCUCACGCUCCCGCUUCUCUGUCCAGAGUGCUAGCGGAAUUUUGUGAGAAUGUUGACUUCGACGUGAAUACUUUAAUGGCUAUGCUCGGCAACACUUUUAAAGUGGCCGUUCAGAAAAUUGUUAAAGAGCCUCAUCGGGUCCGCGCUUUAUGCGAAGUGGCAUGCCAUCUUGUGGAACAAAAAUUAGCAACGUGGGAAGAUAUCGUUCCUAAUGUGCCUUUUUCGAGAUCAGAAGCAGAGGAGCAUUGGAAACAGAUGUUUGAUCGUUCAGUUGCAGAGAACAGUAUUAUUAAUACCAAGAGUCUUGCGAUGAAGGAAAAGCAGAAUGCGAACGAAAGUGGUAGUUUUGAAGAUGUGAUCUUGUUUUUUGAGAAAAACAAAAAUCCCCGGAUCGAAUUGGUGACUGUGAUGCUUCAACAUGGAAUGUAUCAUGAUGCUGUGCGCCUGAUCAAUGACAUGCCCAUGCUAUACGCCACAACAUUCCAGCCGUUGGCUGCGGAGUUAGCGAAAAUUAUCCAUUAUAUUAUCAAUCCGCUAUAUACUAGCGUUGGACUGGACCCUCUCAAAUUUUAUUCGACCUCAUCCGCAUUCCCUAUUGUUCUCAAUGACGAGUUGCCAGCGCAGUUGGUUAGUUUUUCCGAGCUCCAGGAAAAACUGGAUCCGUGGCUACUGUUAAUGGGAUCAAAUUUGAUUUAUGACCGAUGGUUGUUCUACAAAUUACUGCGCAUAUCUCAUGAUUUUGUUUUCCGGCAUGAGUCUAAAAUCAACCAGGAUUACUCUGCGCUUUCUUCCGAUGAAAAGGCGACGUUUGGCACCAUUAUGCAUUUGAUGGAGCAUUGUUUUCUACCUGCUUUGACUCGUGAUUUUGGAUCGUCUGCGCUUUCGGAAAUGGUUUUCAGUGUUUUGAAAAUGGUCCCCUACAAUAUUCGGUUCACUCUCUACUACAAAGUGAAAAAUGAUUUUUACCAAUUCGGACAUCCUGUUGGCGUGUUGGCGAAGUCCAUUGCCAUAGCCAACUCCAAAUGGUUUCAGAAGCGCGUCAAUAAGGAUAAUUUCAAAUUUUGUGGCCGGCUUAUUGGCAAAGAUUUGAGCACAAGUGCGGCUGUCGUUUGCAGCUAUCUUACAGAAAGAAUUGUUUCCUAUGAUAAUUUUGGAACGAUGGUAUCCGAUGCUACACGGAAUGCAUCAAAUUUCGCUGUGGAUGUCAUGCUUUAUACUGUAUUGGAAUUUAUGUCUAUGUCAUCGUUCCGGAAACACGAUCAAGUGACAAUCUUGCCGGGAUACAGAUUUAUUGCAGUAUUCGCUGCGACUUUCACGAAGAAGCAGACAGUCGAUGUUGAACCCGUUAUCGAUUACCUGGUUGGAAUGUUGAAAAACGGGCAAACGGUGGAUUUGCUAGUCCUCAAAGAAUUGGUUCACAAAUUGUCUGGAAUCGAGCUUUCCGAAGGCGUGACCGAAGAGCAGCUUGAAGCCCUUGCCGGGGGAGACGUCUUGAAAUCUGAGGGAGCGUACUUCAGCCCGAUGCGAAAUACAAAGCGGUCCAGUGUUAAACUGAAGGAGGCUUUGUUACGGUCGAAUCAAGCCCUGCCGCUGUGUUUGCUGAUUUCCCACUCGGAAUCCAACACUUUGUACAGGGAAGAAGAUGGUAAAAACCUGAAGCUGCUGGGCGUGUUUUAUGACAUGUGUCAUGAUGCGUUGGUACAAUAUGGAACUUUUUUGGCCAAUAAUCUCACAAAAAAGGAAUAUGCCGAAAAUUUUCCUUCGCUGAGCGAGAUGAUCCAAACUUACAAAAUGCCCUUUGAAACUGCCAUCUUUUUGCUUCGAUCUGUAUACUGGAACGAGAUUAUGACAAAAGUGGACGAAUUCAGAUCAUCUCGUGGUAUUUCGCAUGGGACUUUGAAUGCAGAAGAUUUUCGAGUGGUGCAAGAUCGCUUCAGUGCUAUUUUCGAUGAUGUGAUUACACGAGUUGUUGAUUUGAUCGCACCAGUGAUGACUCAGGCACCGAUGGAAGACAUCAGCUUACGGUUCUAUGUUCUUUUCUGGUUCCUUUCCUUGUACGACCUUUAUGUGCCUACAUCAGUGUAUGAACAGGAGAUCGAAAAAUUGCAACAAGUUUUGGCUGCGCAGCCAAUUGAUGGAGACAGCAGCGAAGACAUUCAAACAAUGCAGGCUGUAAUAAAAAGGAAGAAAGAAAAAGAGCGCGCUACAGCCCUGCUGGGCAGAUUAAAGGAAGAAAUGAGCGUUCAGAGACAACAUGUGCAGAUGCUACGGAACCAUCUUGCCGAAGAGAAGGACAAAUGGUUUCAUAUGACGAAAACGACAAAAAGCGAUGUUGUUUCGCAGUUUCUGCAGAUGUGUGUACUGCCGCGUUCUACUUAUUCGGCUGUGGAUGCUUUGUUCAGUGCUCAUUUCAUCUCGUGCCUGCAUGAGCUGCGCACGGCCAAUUUCUCGACCCUUCUUUGUUACGAUCGGAUGCUUUGUGAUAUUACUACCGCCUUGAUGUGUUGCUCGGAGAACGAAGCCAGUCGCUAUGGAAGACUGUUAAACGCUGUUCUGAAAUCCAUUAUGAGAUGGCAUCGUAAUAAGGAGACAUUUGAUGCGGAAUGUCAUCAUCAUCCUGGGUUUGUAACCAAAUUUCGCACACCAGCCGUUGGAACCGGUUCCGACACCGUCGAUCAUAUUGAUUUCGAAAAUUUUCGCCAUGUAUGCCAUAAGUGGCAUUUUAAGCUGACGAAGUCCAUGGUUAGCUCGCUGGAAACUGGGAGCUAUGUCCGAAUUCGCAACAGUCUUAUCGUUUUGGAUAGAGUAUUGCCGUUCUAUCCAAUUGUGUCCAAUUUUUAUUUGGCCAUAGAAAAGCGAGUUCAGCAGUUGAUGGCCAAUGAGAAAGACAAGCGUCCGGAUUUGUAUUCUUUGGCAUAUGGCUAUAUGGGAAGAAUGAAAGCGCAGAAAUCUCAGUUAGUCCUGGAACAGAAUUUCCAUACAAAACCGGCAAAGAAAGAAGAGGGCAAGAACGAUGAAGAACAGAAAAACGGAGAUUUGCAAACGGGGGAGAGCUUACAGGUGGCUCCUGCAAAAGCGGAAGGUCCAGUCCAGCCGCCGGUCGGCUUAGGUGCGCCGCAGCCACUCCUCGCCGCGAAACCUGUUGCCAGUAGUUCAGCAAAAGAAAAUCACGUUGAAAGUGAUAAGAAGAGCGUUGUGAAAAAAUCGGAGGCUUCUUCAAAAAAGAGCGAUUCCGGAUCUCCCAAAGCCACGCCCGUGACCAUCCGGAAAUCUCCGGUUCGAAUGGGCCCUGCCUUGCCCCCCAAGCAGUCCAUUCUGAACCGCACAUCCGAUAUCGAGUCCGGUGACGAGUUUUCCGAAGUACCACAUACCAAAACUGCCAGCAUUAAAGACUCCAACGGCCCCGUGUCCAAACGCCGUGAAAAAACAUCCGGAAGCCAUCCGCCGAAGAAAUCCAAAGCGGACAGCAAGCCGGCGGUGAAUAAUCGAACAGGUAGCAUAACGCCUUCCUCAUCCCCGUCCCGCCUGGGUAAUGUACCUGUAGUCAGUGAAUUACUAACGCAUGAACACGUCAUCCCAGAACCAACCGGACUCAACAAUAACGAUCCACCCUCGCCGAGUUCCAUCAUCUCCGACAUUGUGGAAAAGCCCUCUGCCAAAGAGCCCACCAACCAGUCUAAAUCGGGAUCCAGCCGGUCGCGGGAUAAAGAACGGCACCGCGGCAGCGGUAAUCAGGCGGAGUCGGCCAAAAGAAGCAGUCGCGGAGCGGCGGGUGGUUCGUCCGACAAGCGGAAUGGAUCGACUAAAAAAUUGCCGAAGGACGCCAAGAAGUCGCAGACCGCUGGAGCCAACAGUGAGAAGGUUAAGAAGGAGCGGAAGCCCACUCUGCUUCUUUUACCUGACGCGUUAAAGGCCUCAGCACAGUUAGAAGCAGAGAAGAUUCGGAAGAAGAGUGAGAUUGCGCCGAGGAAUGGUAAUGCAGGAGAGAAAGAUAGGGAGAGAAAAGAGCCCAUCAUGCUUUUUGUAGAUACCAAGCCCACAUCGAAACCGUCCAGUUCACCGGAGAAGAGAACCAGUAAACAGCGCAGUGCGGAAAAUAAAGCUCGGGCUACUGAAAAAGCGUCAGAAACGAAUCGCACCGGUGGAGAUUUAACCCGAAGUAUUUCCCUGGUUGAAAAGACCAAGGAGAAAGAGUCUGCUCGGAUCGCAAGCCCGGAAUUCCUUCCUAUCAAACCGUCCAGCCUUCCGGAGCGUGGUAAAGAAAGGAAUGCGAUUGAGAAAAAGGAGCGUGUAACGGAAAAUCGUGCCUCUCAUCCCUCCAGUCGAGAAACGUCGAAGGAAAGGGAAAAGUCAAAUGAGAAACACCGGAUGAGCGGAAUAACUGAGACCGGUGUAGUAAGGACGUCGAAACGCAAUCGUGAGGAAGAUGGUACGGAACGCGAGCGUACACAUCGGCGGAGCAAGCUGCAUUGAUUGUUGAUUUGGAUUUUGUGGCUUGAAUGAAUAUAGGUUUGAGACAUCUUUAAUUCCGUUUUUUGGAAUGGGUGCUCUUAAGCUCUUACUGCGCAUUGAUUAAGUAGUAUUUUUUAAUUUAAAAAUUGUUUUACGUGUUCUCAUGGUUUAUUUUUAAAUUGGUUACUGGUAUCACUGGUUUUUGCGCUCAUGAUGUUGAGCACGAGGGUGUGAGCUUCGGUUUCAAAUGUUGUACAGCGCCUACAAACUUAAAUGCAAAGGAACGUAUUACGAUUGCUGUACCGUAUUACGCAGGUUUGUUUAGGUGGAUAAUAAUUACAAUGUGUGACAUUUAGGAUUCUGAAAAUUGUGAAAGCGUAAGGAAAAUCAAAGGAAUACUGUCUAGCGCGGGUGUGACUACUAACACGGGC